AUGGGAAGCGUAUCACGGUUCCAGGACUGGCAUCUAGAAGUACCCAAGUACUACAACGCUAUUCUAUCAUCUUCUGAUUGUUUCAAUAUUGUUGCUCGUGUUCUCCUGUCAGCAGGAGCUUUACUUCAGACAAAAAACACCGCCCGUUGUUUGCCAUUAGUGAACGCCGCGGAACUCAAGCCGGAGGAAUUCUCUACCACGUAUCAAUCCCCACGGAGCACAGACAUGACCGAUUAUACAGCCUCUCCUGCAAAUACUGCUACUAGUGUCUCCUAUCUUGCGAAUAGAAUGCCUUUCGCGGAAUAUCGCCAUCCCUUAUCCCCUAUCCUCUGCCCGUCCUUUUGCGGGCAAACUCCAUCAGGAAAAUACAAGUCCUUCCUAUCACGUCUGGUGGAAAAAAACGAUGCCAGGGCUGUGCUUCAGACUCUAGUCGGUAGGUACUGCAAUUUUUGCAACACUAGCGGCGUCGACUCGGAGUUAAUCUGUUCGCUUUUGGCAAAUGUCAUCUCAGCUAUAUGUAAUCUGCCAGUUUGCGACAUACGAUCCCCUGUUUGUUCUGUACAUGGCUGCUAG